UCCUCCACGGUGCAGGGGGCAGAGCCGAGCGCCUCCCGCCCGCCGCCGCCGCCUCCUCCCGUUCCGCUUCCUGCAGCCGCCGGGCAGGAUGCGAGCGGUGCCGGUGCCCGUCCAGCAUCUCCCACCUCCCGGGCCGUGACGGCUGAGCUCGGCCCCCCCAGCCCCACCGCACGGACAGGAGAGGGGGGGGGCUUGGCUGUCCCCCCCAGCCCCCCGCGCUCGCCGGCGAUGGGCAGCCACGAGAAGGACCCGUCCUCUCCAAAAAGAGCCCCGUCGCGCUCCAGCAGCACCGUGUCUUCCAAGCACAGCAGCGUGCAGCAGGGCUCUGAGAGCUGGGAGGUGGUGGAGGAACCAAGCACCCGGGACAGCCCCGGACAGGAGCCGCCGCGGCGCGAGGGUUAUCUGCUCAAGAAGAGAAAGUGGCCACUGAAGGGCUGGCACAAGCGGUACUUUGUGCUGGAAAACGGCAUCCUGAAAUACGCCACCACGCGCCAGGAUAUCCUCAAGAGCAAACUGCACGGGGCCAUUGAUGUCCGUCAGUCCGUCAUGUCCAUCAACAAGAAGGCGCAGCGGGUGGAUUUGGACACGGAGGACAACAUCUACCACCUCAAGAUCAAGUCGCCGGAGCUCUUCUCCAGCUGGAUCCGCAGCCUCUGCUCCCAUCACCGCGGUGCGAGGUCGGAGCUCUGCCCCAGGGUGCGGGAUCCCGCGGGGAGGACCCCCACCAGCACACAGGGCCCGUGGACGCGCAUCCUGCCCUCGGGCAGCGCCCCUGCCCUCGCCGCCCUCGCGCGGGACCAGGCGGGCGCGUGGCUGGAGGACAGCGAGGGGCUGGAGCGCUGCUCGGCCGAGCUCUCGGCGUGCCAGGCGAAGCUGCAGGAGCUGACGGUGAUGCUGCAGAGCCUGGAAGCGCUUCACCGCAUCCCCUCGGCGCCCCUCAUCUCCGGCAGCCAGCCCUCAGCCGCCACCGAGAGGCCGAAGAAGGGCAGGAGGAGCACCAAGAUGUGGUGCACCCAGAGCUUCGCCAAGGAUGACACCAUGGGCAGGGUGGGGCGCCUGCACGGCUCCGUCCCCAACCUUUCGCGCCACUUGGAGCAAUCGCAGAGCCACCUGCCCUUCAGCCUCCCCCCGGAGUACAGCCAGCUGCAGCGGAGCUUCUGGGUCCUGGCCCAGAAAGUGCACGGCUCGCUCAGCAGCGUGGUGGCCGCGCUGGUGACCGAGAGGGCCCGUCUGGAGGAGCUGCAGCAGGCGCUGGACCAGCAGCAGCGUUCGGCCCCGCGCGCCCACGGCCACGGCAGCACCGGGGCCGCCCUGCACCGCAUCCACUCGCUCUCGGUCUCCUCGGACACCACACUGGACUCCUCCUCGCUGCACCCCGACGAGCCGGACACGCUGCCGGCCAAGGGCCGGGAGCCGCAGCUCUCCAACCGCAGCAUCGUCUCCCUGGCCGAUUCCCACACCGAGUUCUUCGACGCCUGUGAGGUUUUCCUCUCCGCCAGCUCCUCUGAGAACGAGCCUUCGGAUGACGAAUCCUGCAUCAGCGAGGUCCCCGGCGCCUGUGAGGAUGCGGCUGAGCUGGGGGGGCCGGGGCGCCCCCCAACAGGAUCCCAAGCCCCGUUGCCUACGGAACCGCCACCACUGGAGCUGCCGGGGCCGAUGCCGGUGCCAGGGCGGCGCAGCCGGCUGCCCGCGCCCCCCGUGCCCCCCGCGGACCUGAGCCUGUGGGGGCUCCUGCGCAGCAGCGUGGGCCGCGAUUUGGCCCGCGUGGCGCUGCCCGUGCAGCUCAACGAGCCCCUGGGCGCGCUGCAGCGGCUCUGCGAGGAGCUCGAGUACAGCAGCCUGCUCGACCGCGCCAGCAGAGCCCCCGACCCGCGGCAGCGCCUGGUGUACGUGGCCGCCUUCGCCGUGUCCGCCUACGCCUCCACCUUCUACCGGGCGGGCAGCAAACCCUUCAACCCGGUGCUGGGCGAGACCUACGAGUGCGUGCGGCCCGAGCGUGGGUUCCGCUUCAUCGGCGAGCAGGUGUGCCACCACCCCCCCGUCUCCGCCUGCCACGCUGAGUCCGACAACUUCAUCUUCUGGCAAGACAUGAGGUGGAAGAACAAAUUCUGGGGCAAAUCCCUGGAGAUCGUCCCGGUGGGCACCGUGCACGUCCAGCUGCCCAGGACCGGAGACCACUUCGAGUGGAACAAAGUCACCACCUGCGUGCACAACGUGCUGAGCGGCCCCCGCUGGGUCGAGCACUACGGCGAGGUGCUCGUCCGCAACACGCGCGACGCCUCCUUCCACUGCAAGAUCACCUUCUGCAAGGCUCGGCCGUGGGGCACGGGGGGCACAGAGGUGCAGGGCGCGGUGCUGAGCCGCAGCGGGGCCGUUGUGGAGCGCCUGGUGGGCAACUGGCACGAGGGGCUGCGCUGUGGGCCCCCCCCAGGGCACUGCGUCUGGAAAGCCAACCCCAUGCCCCGCGACCAUGAGAAGAACUAUGGCUUCACCCAGUUUGCGCUGGAGCUGAACGAGCUGACGCCCGAGCUGCGGCGCGUCCUGCCCUCCACCGACACCCGCCUGCGCCCCGACCAGCGGUACCUGGAGGAAGGGAACGUGGCAGCGGCCGAGACGCAGAAGCGCCAGAUCGAGCAGCUGCAGCGCGACCGACGCCGCGUCAUGGAGGAGAACAACAUCACCCACCAGGCUCGCUUCUUCAGGCGGCUGACGGAUGCCAGCGGCAAGGAGUCGUGGGUCACCAACAACACCUACUGGAAGCUGCGCCUGGACCCCGGCUUCGCCCACCUGGACAGCGCGGUGCUCUGGUAGCGCCCCCCGGCCCGGGCUGAGCCCCCCAACCUGGGCUGAGCCCCCCCCCGGGCUGAGCAAUCCCCCCCCUGGGGCUGAGCCCCCCCCAGCUCAUCACAGCAGUGGCGCCCAGCGGCAGGGCUGGUCCUCCCAGCACUGGGGAUGCUGUGUUGUGCCCCCCCCAAAGCUAUUUUGCCCGUGUUUAAGUUCAAACUGUGCUAUAAAAUUGGGGGGGGGGGCACUGU